GCUGCUUCACUUGCUGCAAACCCUGAGCUCCAGACUCCUCCAAGUCAGUGAGCAGCGAGCAGCGCUGGAGACAGGAGGACGGACGGAGAUCACACACACACAUACUUACACCAAGAAAGCACUGCUGUUCUCUUGCUGCCUGUCUGUCACAUCCUGGGCUGUCUCCCGCCUCACAAUAAAAAUUACCCAAGACAACUCUGGCAUCUAAUAUAUAUUUAUAUAUUUUUUUUCCUCAGUACAUUUUCUUCUCCUUUUUCCAGCCGUGGUUUGGUUUCAUCUCUUCAACAGGCUGCCCUCUGUGCAGGAUGUGAGUGUCAUUCACUGGGCUCCCACUGGCAAAGGCGAUGAUGGCAAUCUAACCCGGAGUCUAUCUGUGGUGUGGGGCAGCUCCCUGCAGGUUGCUACAUGUGUUUGGAGCCAAACUUGAGCUGCGCUAAAUUAACCAUCAACAGGAGGAGCACAGACACUGUUGGGUUAAGCAGGACCCCCUCAGAUAGGAGCAUGGAUUGGGAGUCGGUGGGGCUGUGGUUUGUUCUGUCUGGUUGUCACUGACAGUGUGCCCCACGUGCCUUGGAAACCAAGCAAUUGCCUCCUGUUGUUUUUUGGCAUUCGGGAGGAUCUCUAAGGGGAUCUUAAGGAACCAAGUGGAAUCAUCUAUAAAACACUUACUGGAGGAGCUAUAAUAAAAUACCACCAUUGCAUGUAAACUUUUAUUAACAGCCCUGUCCAUGGUGUUCUUGGAGAAGCAGCACGGAUACUUUAUGUUGAAACAGUGGCUGUAUUGCAACACUUUGGAACGUCAUCUCUUCACCACCUACCUUCCCUUCUUACAGAGAUUCUAAAGCUGCCUGCUGAAAAUAAAGCUGCAUUCCAUACCUGCCCCCCAGCUGCUCGCCUGCCCAUUGGCCACGUGUUGUGCCGUUGCCCUGACCCCGCCCCUGCGAAGCGCUUUGCUGUACAGGUUUUCCGCGCAGCAUAACCCUUUCCUAGCCAGUAACCAUCCUGCAUGCCCAGAGCGUACAUCCCCAUGGAAAGAAAUAGAAAAUUAAAUCAUCAGGGUUAAAAAGUAUACAUCCAAGGUAACAUAGCACAGAGGGGGGUUCUUUCUUUAAGACAUAAGGAUUGUCAGCCAAAGUCCUUCUUGAAGCCGCUUACUGUUCUCUUUCCUUGAGCUCAUAGAGGAGAAUGUUUUUGAAAUAGAUAGUAAAUUGCGCGUACAGCUUGUAGAUCUGACGCAUUUGCAGCCCUGCAGCUAAGCUCUCUGUACCUUGCCAGCCUGGCCAGCGCUGUGUGACAGUGUGCUUCUGUGGCUCUUGAGACUGAGGUGCCAGAUUCUCACCAUGAAUGCCAGGAGAAGAUGCCCAGGGCUAUUAUGCUGCUUUCAUCACUACCGUGUCUACAACCACUAUAACUACAUCUACUGCUGCCUUCUGGUUCUCCUCACUGCCAAGGCAUCCUGCAAAGUUCUGCCUACAAAUGCUGCCCAUCCAACAGCCCUUCCACCUUCUCCAGCUGCCAUCCUUCCAGUUAGCUAUCGCCUGUCCAAUACUCGCUUGGCCUUCUUCCUGCGCGAGGCUGGACCCUUGCCAACAUGGAAUUCAAGCACCCCUUUACUUCAUCGCUCAGAGCCCUUUGUGGUGUUUCAGACAAGGGAAUUGCCAAUUCUAAAUGUUACAUUGGGACCUUUUGCUGCAGGACAGGUUUUGCCAAAGGAGUUACUUCAACCUUCAAGCACACUAGAGGUUUCAGAUCGACUAACUGUAAACUGGAAAGUUAGAACCUAUAUAAUUAGAACUCGAGUGCCUGCCAAUCAACCCACAGUACAGGUUCUCUUUUAUGUAGCUGGCCGAGAUUGGGAUGAUUUUGUAGUAACCGAGCGUCUGCCAUGUGUCCGACUUCAUAUUUUUCGAGAAAUUCAGGAGAUUAAGAGUUCUUGCAGAUUGAGAGGAAGUUUAGCUAUUUGUCUUGCUCAAGCUGAACUUCCUCUGAGUUGGUUUGGGCUGGCUGCUGUACCCAUGGGACGGCAGAAAUCCUCACCUGAUGGAGCUGAGCUUAACGGAGAAAGUCACCAAGUAGAGUUGUUUUAUACUUUACAUACCCCAGACUCUAGUGGAGGGUGUCAGAGUGAACCUGGCACACGUAGGGGAGGAGAAGCACCAACUCAACAUCCUCUUCUUCGAAUUGGUAGUAUCAGCCUAUAUCAACCAGUUGAGGUCGAUCCCAUGCUUGAACAACAAUUGGAUACAAAUAUCUUCAUCAGAUUACCAGACAGAAAGCUACGACCAGGAGAGAUCCUUAGAAUCAUGCUCUAUAUGGUGGCUAAUUCAAGUGUAGAGCAAUUCUCACUCAGAGUGAAAGCAAAGAAAGGGAUAAAUCUACAGAAUACCAGAUCCAGUGAUUCCCAGUGGUUAGUGAAUUCAGAGCUGCAGACAGGCGGGAAGCACUCCACAGCAACAGUGGAUGUCUUACGGGUACAAGGAUUGCCAUACAGGACGGAUAAUACCCCAUACCAGAUAAUGCAGUUGGACUUUGAAAUGGAGAAUUUCACAAGUCAGUCUGUCACAAGACGUAUAAUGUGGCAUUUAGAUUAUCGAGGUCGAAAUCCUCCCCCUGAUCUUGAGAAGGCAGUGACUGAAUUAACAGUGAUACAGAAGGAUAUUCGCGCCAUUGUUCCUUUGGCAAUGGAUACAGAAAUAAUAAACACUGCCAUUCUAACUGGGCGGACAGUAGCCAUCCCUGUGAAGGUUCUUGCAAUUGAGACAACAGGAGAUAUUACAGAUAUAUCAUCUUACACUUCAUGUAAAUCCAGUAAUGAGGAUAUAAUCAAGGUGUCAAGCAGCUGUGACUAUGUAUUUGUGAGUGGGAAGGAAACCAGAGGUUCAAUGAACGCACAAGCCAUGUUUAACUAUGAAUACCUGAGUGCACCUCUAGAAAUGACUGUCUGGGUACCCAAACUCCCGUUGCUCAUAGAGCUGUCAGACUCUAAACUGAGUCAAGUGAAAGGGUGGAGAAUCCCCAUUCUGCCAGAUAGAAGGUCUGUGCGUGACAGUGACGAUGAUGAUGACGAUGAAGAAGAUAGAAAGUUAAACCGUGGAUGCACAUUACAAUAUCAACAUGCCACCUUGCAAGUUUUUACUCAGUUUCAUACCACUUCCUCAGAGGGCACUGAUCAAGUUAUAACCAUGCUAGGCCCCGACUGGCUAGUGGAGGUUACUGAUCUCGUUAAUGACUUCAUGCAGGUGGAGGACCCACGGAUUGCAGAGAUGAUUGAUAGCAAUACCUUGGCUGGAAGGGAACCUGGUACCACAUCCUUCAAAGUGGUGUCCCCUCUAAUGGAGGCAGUAUUAGGAGAAACACUCAUUACAGUGACAAAUGAAAAGGUCAGCAUUAUGGAGCUGCGGGCACAGGUGAUAUCUGGAUUAUCCCUCUCACUCCAUCCUAGUCCUGGCAACAGCCACACUAUUAUAGCAAAAACCAGUGCACAGCACAUACUGAGAUUCCCAAAACAGGAGGCACUAUUAAAUCUUUGGCUUAUAUUCAGUGAUGGAUCCUCAGCUCCUCUCUCACUCUAUGACCCCAAAGACUAUACACUAGCUUUGAGCAGCUUGGAUGAGAGGGUGAUCUCUGUGAGCCCUGAACGUUCAUUUCCAUUGGUAACAGCUGGAGAAGAGCAAGGCACUGGCUCGUUUAUACGAGUGGAGAUGAUAAUAAAUGAGAGCUGUCAAAAAAUAAAGCGAAGAAGCAUACUCUCUACAGCAACAGCUCUUGUACAGGUUAUAUUUGGCCCAGAUGAACCAGGAGAUGAAGAUGAACCCGGGAAAUUGGUUAGUGUGGUUCCACCACAUUUCAAAGAAACAACUGGCACAACAUCCCUCCCUCCCCUCUCCACACCAGUGGAAGAUCACAGCUCACAUGGUUCUGGGGAAUAUCCUUUACCAAUUCCAACACUCUUUCCACAACUACCUAGAGGGCUGACAGAUCUAGAGAUUGGAAUGUAUGCUCUACUUGGAGUUUUUUGUCUGGCCAUUUUGGUGUUCCUUAUUAACUGCAUUGUAUUCGUUUUAAAGUACCGCCACAAGAGGGUGCCACCAGAGGGUCAAGCUAACCCUGAUCAUUCUCAUCACUGGGUUUUCCUUGGAAAUGGGCAGCCCCUAAGGGCAAGAGGAGAAUUAUCACCACAACCUGAAAGUCUUGUUAACCCUUUAGAGCCAGGAGCCUUACCACCUCAUCAUGCUUCCUGUUGCAGAGGGGAGGCAAGAGGUAGCAGUAGCAACAGCAGUUCUCAGGCUAGUGUGCAAAGCCAGUCUCAUGGACGAGGGGAUGGCUCCUCUGGUGGGGGUGGCUCAAGUCGGGAAGCAAGUGAGGACCCACUAAGUUCUUCUCCCACAUCCAAGCGGAAGCGAGUGAAGUUUACCACUUUUACUAGCUUGCCCAGUGAAGGGAGUGUUUAUGAUGCAGUACCAGGGACAGAGGAAAAUGAUCUUGAGUGGGUUUGCCGGGACAUGGGACUACGAGAUCCACAGGAACUUAGAGACUACAUCAGGAGGGUCAGAGACAUGGCAUAGCCUUGGCAUCUGGUGAGACAAUAUAAUGGACAAAGAUGCGCAAACAUGCACCCAAAAGACUAUUGCUUUCUCCCAAACUGAGAAUGGGAUUAAGUCCACUUUUUGUGUCUCUAUAUUUAUGUAUUCAGAUUCAUAUACAGCCAUUCAUCCCUUUUUCUUCAGCCAUCUUCACAUUCAUCAAUCAACAUUAUUGGCGUCAUCAUUUUGUUUUUCUCUUUUUAAAGUACAUUACCACAAUCACAUAUACAUCUGGGCAUAAAAUAAGAGCAUGUUAUCUGCCUAUGUCUCUGUAUACUGUGAAAUGGAGAAAUGCAUAUUGCUAUGGCUCCAACAUGUUAGCAUCAUCAUAUUUAACAUAAAACUAAAUAUGUGCAAAUGAGGUUCUCAGAAGAAGGGAUUCUGGAUGGAAAAGUACAGUCAAUCUGACCGGUUACUUGGCUUUAACCCUAAGCACAUAACCAUCAUGACAUCAUGAAGCCUGGCUUUCACUUGCUAGGAAAUCAUUGUUGAUUGUCUACACAUUCAACUAGAGCAUUAAAAGUGUGUUUUUCUCACUUAAACACAGACACAAAUGGAAAAUCCCAUACACAUGGAUAGAAGGAGAAGCCAAUACCAAUCUAUAGCUACAUUUCAAGACAAUGAAUGUUCUAUAUUAUGGAAAACAAAUAUAAAAUGUCAAUGUACAAAAGUGAAAUGUUGGAAAGGGAACAUAAUCAAAGGAUUAUUUCAUAACACAAUGAAUUUUAUACUCUUUGAUUUCCUGAUAAUGCAUAUUGGUAAAAUCAGGAAUGUCAGCAUUUAAUGUAUGGAAAAUACCCAGUUACUACCCUGCAGUAAAACAAUGGAAUGGUCAAACAUACAGCAACAGAGUAAAGUAGCAGCUCAAAUGUGACAGGAAAUCUCUCAGGGGACACGAGCAGCUGAAGCAGCUUGUCACCUACUAAUCUUGGUGACAGUGCUAUGGCACAAGUGCGGUUGUUUCUAGUUUAUUGAACAGUCCAAUAUGUAAAGUCAAAAUGUGACCAUUUCCAAGGACUGUAAUAUGGGUGCAAUGUUAUUGUAUCAUGGCAUUUGAUGGCUUGCUUUACUAAUACAUUGUUCAAAAGGUAUAAAGGUUAUUUGGCCACUUUGGUUAGUGCAGCAGCAUAAUGUCACAUCUACAGAAAUGUAUGCCAUUUAUAUUUAGUAAAAUUUAUUUCAUUUUUAUCAUAUUUAGGCGGCUAGCUAAUCCAUCCAAAAUGAAUCCUUGAUUCUAUGAGUCAGUGUUCCACUUGCCUGGUGUUCAAUUUGAAGAGUUCUUGUAAUAGGAUUUCUUUGAACAAAACCCUAAACCUUGUAUAUGUCACUUUAUUUUAUUAUAAGAGCAUUGAUUUAUUUCCUAAUUUGAUUUUAUCGGGAAGGGAUUUCUAUAUUUUCAAAGUAUUUCAAUACCCACCAGAAUACUUAACUGCAUAGGAAAGAUUUGUUUUGUUUUUUUCUCCCUUUUCUUUCCUGGACAAUUCAUUGAGCCUGCUGGUUAAAGAACACUCUCCUGUGUCGGGUGAAGCAACAUACUGCAAUGAGAAUGGAGAAGAAAAUCAGUGCAGAGCUAACAGGACCAAGAAGCAAAUCUGCAGGGAGAGAGCUUUUAACAUGCAGAAUGUGUGGGUGCAAAAAGAGGGUUAUCUUUAUAUAAGACAUGUAUGUCUUGAAUUUAAACACCAUUGUGUCAAAUGUUCCUAAAUCAAUAAAUAGGAAAAUAAAAUUUGA